GACCAGGAGGGUAACCCAGACAACGAGACCUACCUUCAUAGGAUUGGCCGCACGGGUCGGUUCGGCAAAAGGGGGCUGGCCAUCAACAUGGUGGACAGCAGAAUGAGUAUGAACAUUCUCAACAGGAUCCAGGAGCAUUUUAAUAAGAAAAUUGAAAAACUCGACACACACGAUCUGGAUGAAAUUGAGAAAAUCGCCAACUGAAAGACAAGUGUGCUGACAAAGUGGACGCCAGCUAGACUUGCGCUCUGCAAAGACUGUAUGCUUCUUUAUGCUGGCUUUUUAAGUUUGUAUUUUAAGCCGUUAGGGUGGAGGGGGUAAAACCACAUAUACUGCACGUUUACAUACACGUCAGUCUGUGGAACAUACCCUAUUUCACUCUUUUUACUAUAAUAUUUUAUUUUGUAAUGCUGAAAAAGCUUAACUGUCAAGUAACUCCUAAAACCCCAUUUGACUCUGCUUUUCAUACAUAUAUGAACAUUUUUCAUGAAUGUAUCCUCUUUAGGUCAUUACAACAUUGACAGUGUGUGGAAAGGGUGAAGUUGGGUAUACUGCUGCUCUGAGUGCAGGGGUGUCAUUUUGGGUGAUGACUGAUGGAUGGAUUUUAGGGUCUAUGCAAAUUUAGAGUAUACUCACAUGAAAGAAAUGAAAUUAACCUCAAUUUAUCUUCAGGGUGUGUAGCCAAAUGCCAAAAUGGAGAUGACCUACUAAUAACUCCUCAACAUUUUAGAUCAUUCUGGAGUAAAGCCCAGUCACGCGUCCCUCACAAUUUUAUUUAUAGAGUAUUAAGACUACUCAGCUGUAACAUGUAGUUGUUUUUAAACAUUUUUUGCCUACCUAUUCCACAACUUCCCACUUACCAAAAACUUCACAUCUUUUAUUUUGAAAUUCAACCAAAAUUCUCUAAAAUUUCGUUUUUCUACUCUAAUUUCCACAUUUUUCAACCGAUUCAACCCAUUCCAACUUUCAAGUGUUCCAUCUUUUGCCUACCUGUUCCACAUAUUCCCACUUACCAAAAAUUCCAAAUUUUCAAAUUUGAAAUUCAACCAAAUUCUCCAAAAUUCCGUUUUUCUACUCUAAUUUCUACAUUUUUCAACCGAUUCAACCCAUUCCAAAUGUAUUUACUUAAUUCACCUUAUGCUUCCCACAUUCACUCCCAUUCACCCCCACUUCCACUAUGCUUACACAAUUCAACCCUUGACCCCCAAUUCCAGUGUGGCGGCCAUCUUGGAUGACCCUGGAGUGCCACCAAUGAACCCAGAAUGAACCGGAAGUGCCCUAAAUCAAACCGAAAGUGACCCCAAAUAGACCGGAAGUGACCCCAAAUCAAACCGGAAGUGACCCCAAUGUACCAGAAAUGACCUUUUUAGACCGGAAAUGACCCCAAAUAAACCGGAAGUGACCUCAGACGAACCGAAAGUGACCCAAAUUAAACCGAAAGUGACCUAAAUAAACCGGAAGUGACCCAAAUCAAACCGAAAGUGACCCCUAAUAGACCGGAAGUGACCUCAGGUGAACCGAAAGUGACCCCAAAUGAACCGAAAGUGACCUUUUUUGACCGGAAGUGACCCCGAAUAAACCGGAAGUGACCUCAGCUAAACCGGAAGUGACCUGUAGUAAACCGGAAGUGUCCCAAAUAAACCGGAAGUGACCCAAAUUAGACCGGAAAUGACCCGAAUCAAGCCGGAAGUGAACCUAUUUCAACACUAAGUGCCCCAAAUAGCUACAUUUGCGCUAAGGUUUUCGGUUUUUGUCCGAUUUAACCCGUUUCAACAUUUUUACCCCAAAAGUGAACCUCCUGAGGCCGUUUUUUUUGUUUUGUUCCAAAUUUAGAAAGAUUUUGGCGCAAUUGCUUUUUUUUAUUUUCCCAUUCAUUCUCUCUAUGGGGAUUCAACAUUUGCUCUAACUUCUACAUUUCUUAACUGAUUCAACCCGUUCCAACUUUCCAACACGUGUGCAUGCACAAACACACACCCAGACACAUUAGAGCAGCAGGAACGGAGAGAAAGUAUUUGCACUGUAUGUGCUUGUGUGAAUGUGCGUGUGAGGACAUUGUUGUAUUUUCUGCGGUUAAUUAUUAUUAUGUGGGGACAAGCAGUACAGAAAAUGGAUGGAUGGAUGGAUAAUUAUGAUAUAAGUAUUAUCAUUAUAAAGUUACAUUGAUACUGCCUUGACAGUGUCCAUGAAAACAUUAUCAAACAUUAAUAAUAAUAAUUCAUUAAAUUUGUAGAGCGCUUUUCAAAAACCCAAAGACGCUUGAUAACAUUUAAUUAGUAAUAAGUAUAAAUGGAAAAUACUGUCGUCUUCAAAUUUUAUAUUAGCUCUAACAGGGUAAUCUUCGAACCUAGACAUAAUUUUGAAUUUUGACACUUUUGUUUUGUAAAAUCAUCGCAAUCAUUUUCACAGUAUUCCUUUUUAUGUUUGAGGGAAAUCCUGCUAGGAACCUUUAAUAUGGAGGAACUGUUUCCCUGCACUUCAUUUCCACUCGGUAGACGUUGCUGUUGUACAAGGCUCUCAGUUGGUAUCGGCACGCCAUUGUGACUGAAGUACUGCACCCUACUUUUCCCUCACACAGUUUUUAAAACAACGACAAAGGGAAACGACGAUGGCUUCGGACUCUUGGGCCCAGGCUGUUGACGAACAGGAAGCGGGAGCAGAAUCAGUAAAUAUUGGAAACCUUCAACUAAAGGAUGCACCUGGAGAAAACGCAGGCAGUACUUUUGGAAAGUCAGAAGCGGGAGAUAAGACUCCAGGAAAGACUACAGAUGAAGAUGACCGUGAAGACAAAGCGGCCCAGUCAUUGUUGAACAAGUUAAUCAGAAGUAAUCUUGUCAACACCACAAAUCAAGUUGAAGUUCUUCAGAAGGAUCCCAACUCUCCACUGUACUCUGUAAAAUCCUUUGAAGAGUUGCGACUUAAACCACAGCUCCUUCAGGGUGUCUAUGGCAUGGGUUUUAACCGGCCCUCCAAAAUCCAGGAGACCGCCUUACCCAUGAUGCUCGCUGAACCUCCACAGAAUCUAAUCGCCCAGUCUCAGUCAGGAACAGGAAAAACCGCUGCCUUUGUGCUUGCCAUGCUCAGCCACGUCAAUCCAGACCACAAAUAUCCCCAGUGCCUGUGUUUGUCACCCACCUAUGAACUGGCGCUUCAGACUGGCAAAGUUAUUGAGCAGAUGGGCAAAAACUACCCUGAAGUCAAACUAGUUUACGCCAUACGAGGAAAUAGGCUGCAGCGAGGCGUGAAGCUUCAGGAACAGAUAAUCAUUGGCACGCCCGGCACCAUGCUGGACUGGUGCAGCAAAUUGAAGUUCAUUGAUCCCGAGAAGAUUCAGGUGUUUGUGCUGGAUGAGGCCGAUGUCAUGAUCGCAACGCAGGGUCACAAAGACCAGAGUAUUCGCAUCCAGAGGAUGCUGCCCAGAAACUGCCAGAUGUUGCUGUUCUCAGCUACGUUUGAGGAGACCGUGUGCAUUUGCCAUCUAACAAGAUGGACGCACGAUGCUUGCACUUUGCGUUACGGAGUAACAACAUUUCUGGAAAGAUACACGACGCGUAAUUCAUUUAUUUCAGACGACACCUCGUAGUCGCCACACAAUGGCGAAAAACAUGAUCCGCGCUAAAGUAGUCGCGAUGAGGACUGCUCUGCGUGCAAAAACAUGGAUUUGUGCAGCUGAUGGCACCUUGUCCAUGCACGGCCAGCACAAUAAUGUAACUGUUGCCCUCUGUGACGACGAGAAAGCCUAUAAAAUUGUUCUGUUUGAACACUUGGCAGCAGUUACAUUUUUUUAAACUUUGGUGUGGACGAGAGUGGCCAAGGGCUCCUCACCAAACCCGGCUCAAAAAUAUUCAUGGCGGCCGAGGUGCAAACCAGCCCGCAGCUGGAAGAAGAGGCCAGGGCCCUGGUCUACCCCAAGUCAGUGGCAUCAUCUCCUCAGGAGGUAGUGAAUAAACUACCUGAGGAGAUGGUGUCACUGGAGGGCGUAAUAACCGAUAUGCGUCCAAUCCGCAUGGUGCGCCAGAGAGGGAACAGCCUUGCGCCAUUUCGGACUUUGACACUAAAAAAAGAUGAAGCCGCUGUCAAAAUUGGCCUUUGGCGUGAGGCUAAUCUCAUUGAACUAAAAGUAGGGGGUUCCUUCAUUUUCACCCACCUGAGUGCCCGGGUGAACGAUUCGGGACUAAUGCUCCACUCUACAACUUGCACAGAAAUAAAGCCCUGCAACUCCAGCCUCACCCUAACAGUCUGUGGUAUCCUCUAUGGGGAAGAGGUGGUGGAGGUUGUGUCCAAUUCGGGCGAAGUUACAAGCAUCAAGCUUCAGAUCUGGCAGAAAACUUUCAGCCAGCCCCCGAAGAUACCACAAGAUGGGCUGGCCAUCACUGUCACGCGUGUGCAGGGUGACGUGAUAAAAAUUGAAAUGGCGAAAAACAUGAUCCGCGCUAAAGUAGUCGCGAUGAGGACUGCUCUGCGUGCAAAAACAUGGAUUUGUGCAGCUGAUGGCACCUUGUCCAUGCACGGCCAGCACAAUAAUGUAACUGUUGCCCUCUGUGACGACGAGAAAGCCUAUAAAAUUGUUCUGUUUGAACACUUGGCAGCAGUUACAUUUUUUUAAACUUUGGUGUGGACGAGAGUGGCCAAGGGCUCCUCACCAAACCCGGCUCAAAAAUAUUCAUGGCGGCCGAGGUGCAAACCAGCCCGCAGCUGGAAGAAGAGGCCAGGGCCCUGGUCUACCCCAAGUCAGUGGCAUCAUCUCCUCAGGAGGUAGUGAAUAAACUACCUGAGGAGAUGGUGUCACUGGAGGGCGUAAUAACCGAUAUGCGUCCAAUCCGCAUGGUGCGCCAGAGAGGGAACAGCCUUGCGCCAUUUCGGACUUUGACACUAAAAAAAGAUGAAGCCGCUGUCAAAAUUGGCCUUUGGCGUGAGGCUAAUCUCAUUGAACUAAAAGUAGGGGGUUCCUUCAUUUUCACCCACCUGAGUGCCCGGGUGAACGAUUCGGGACUAAUGCUCCACUCUACAACUUGCACAGAAAUAAAGCCCUGCAACUCCAGCCUCACCCUAACAGUCUGUGGUAUCCUCUAUGGGGAAGAGGUGGUGGAGGUUGUGUCCAAUUCGGGCGAAGUUACAAGCAUCAAGCUUCAGAUCUGGCAGAAAACUUUCAGCCAGCCCCCGAAGAUACCACAAGAUGGGCUGGCCAUCACUGUCACGCGUGUGCAGGGUGACGUGAUAAAAAUUGAGUGCGUGAAUGAAUGCAUGGAUGAAUGCUUGAAUGAAUGUAUGAAUGAAUGCAUGAAUGCAUGAAGGAAUGAAUGUUGAUGCAUAAUUGAAUGCAUUGUUCAAAUUAAAAUUGAAAUUCAACAAAA